GUCAGGCUCGUCUUUGCAGAUCGCACCUCGCUCUCAUCAUGGCCAGUCUGCUAGACAGAGCGACCAGUAUCAUAUCGUCACCAAAGAUCGUCCAAGGGACACACUCUUCCAAUCUACCCAGUCUUCCCAAUCUUUCCAGUCUUCCUGUAUCAUCUCGUCUUCCCCUGUAUCUUUCCGCAGGAGCGGCGUCUGUCGGCCUUUUGCUCUUUAUCAACUCAUUAAGAGGCUUUCCCAACUCUGGGGGAACCAAAGUUAUUCCGUCGCCGAGAGAAACCCUCCUGCCCCGAUUAUCAACAGACGAGACCAAGAACCUGCCGUAUCCACCAUAUGCCCUUCCUGGAGCCCGCGAUGUGGAUUCGCCAUAUGGCACUACGCGGGUGUACGAAUGGGGACCAAAAGAUGGACCGAAGGUUCUCCUUCUUCACGGCAUAAGUACCCCCAGCAUUGCACUUGCGGGCCUGGCUUAUAAACUUGUCGAGAAGGGAUGUCGAGUGAUGCUGUUUGACCUCUUCUCUCGCGGCCACUCUUCGGGACCUUCUCCCGCCACAAACUCCUACUCCUCCGCUCUCUACACCUCCCAAAUUCUCCUCGUCCUUCAAUCCUCCCCUCUAUCCUGGACUAGCACAUCCCCCUUCACUAUCGUUGGGUACUCUUUAGGCGGGGCCAUAGCCGCCGAUUUCACCUCCUACUUCACCGCCUCCAUCUCACACCUAAUCCUGAUCGCACCCGGAGGUCUAAUCCGCACCACACACAUAACGUGGAAGAGCCGCUUCCUCUACUCCACCAGCGGACUUCUUCCAGAAUGGAUGAUUCACUCGCUAGUCGCCAGGAGAUUAUGGACGGGCCCUAACACCGCCCGUAGCAUUGAGCCCGAGGGGGACGUCGAGGCCCAGAAAGAGCCCGAGAGUGAGAAGAAAGGUGGACUGAGAAGCCACGCUGUCUACCUCUCCCCGCAACUCAAUCUCCUUCCAACAUGCCCCAACAGCACUGUCGGUAACGUCGUCGACUGGCAGAUCCAGCAUCACCGAGGCUUUGUGCCAGCUUUUGUAUCUACUAUUCGCUUCGCGCCGAUUCAUAAUCAACAUCAUCGCUGGCGUAUCAUUGGUGAAAAGAUGAAGAUUGGGGGGAUACCGUUGAAGAAAGUGAAUGUGAUAUUAGGCGAAAAUGACCCUAUCAUCGUCGCUGAGGAAGUUGCUGAAGAUGUCAAGGAAGUGCUGGGAGAAGAUUAUGUUCAAGUCCAGGUCCUGAAGGGUGCAGGACAUGAACUCGCCAUUGACAAAGUUGAUGAGAUUGCGAGUUUGGUGGGAAGAGAAUUGGGGCUGGCACGCAAGGCAAAGAAGUCGAAAUCCAGGUGGUAGAUAUGUAUAACGGUCAUGACUCUCGAUGUACUUACUACUCAAUGUUGAGAUAUACAAGGGGCAGCCCAGGUCCGGUUCCAAGCAGAAAGCUGUAUCUUCUUACCACUCUUCUAUACUUUAGCAGCUAGCUUGAUAGAUAAAAC